AUGCAACCUUUAGGAAUGUACUUCAAGCCUAGUCAGUACAACAAGAUAAUCAAGCUAUCGACAAGGUGUCAUAUUUCUGAAACUUUGACUACGCUUGAUAAAUUAGAGCAUCCACUGACUAGUUUUGAGAGGGAUUGGUUUGAGAAACAUCCACAAUUCAAGCACAUUUUCCACAUGCCAAGGGACCCAAACCACAAGCUUAUGGGAAUGUGGUUGCUCUUACUUCAAACGGCAGAAAUUGAAAAAAAGAAGGAAGCAUGGUUUGUUGUGAAUGGUGUUCCAAUCCGUUAUGGUCUAAGAGAACACGCGUUGAUAUCUGGAUUAAAUUGUCGGUGUUAUCCACUUAAUUACAAGGAAGCCGGUGGUAACGAGUUUCGAAGGAAGAAGCAUCAUUGUAGGCCAUACAGAAGACUCGAGGAAAGAUGCUGGGGUAUUGAUGAAUUUGUUGUAAGUACAGUGAAUGAUCUAGAUUUUUGUGUGUCUUUUCCUUGGGGGAGAUUAUCAUUCGAUAACAUGCUAGAAGAGAUUUCCCAUACAAUGAGGCAUUUUAAAGGGGUCGUGCAUAAAGAGGAUGCGUUAUGGCCUGUUCCAGGUUUCUGUAUUCCAUUGGAGUUUUUACUAUUUGAGGCAGUUGCAAUUUUGGGGAACACUUACGUUGACGAAAUUCUUGAGGCGGAUGAAAGUUGUCUUAGGAUGUGCAGGAGGAAAUUUAAGAGUACCGGUCAGAAAGGUUUUCCUCUAAAGCAUAUAGGUGAUACACUUGGUACAACAACGGCAAUUGCUAGUGUGAUCCCUCAUAUUGAUGAAGAAAAUCCUCUUCUCAAAUUAAUCAUGGAAGGAGAUGAGGAAGACGAUACCCAUGAUGUCGUAGUUGCCAGUUGGAUGUGGCGCCUUCGUAGAGAACUACCUGUACUUUUGGAGGAGAUGUACACAGCAGAUUUGGCGUCUCGUUCAGGACAAAACGAUGCGAAUGAGAAAAUAGACGCCAAUGAACAACGGAGAGAAGAUACUAUUAAGUUGGUGGAUCUUCUAAAGACCAUGAAUCAGGAUAUGAAAACCCAGUUCGAUAACAUUUCAGCGAAGCUUGAUGGGCUUGAAAAAAGGAUCGAAAAGUUGAAAGUAUUUGUGAAAGAGCAAGAAAAAUCAAAGGUAAUACUUCGUAAUACUAUAGUAAAACUUGGUAAUACUAGAAGGUGUUAA